AUGAACGACCAAGAGGAAUUGAGUCCCAAGGGCAGACAGGAGGUUGAGCAGGAACAGGUGAAAAGCAAUAGAUCCUCCAGCUUAACGGAAUUAUCACAGUAUGAAGAACCUCAAUACAACAAUGCUCCGUUGUGGCUGUUACAAGAACGGGAGAAUGAAUUGGAACAAGCACACAACAACAUUAGGAUUGGAGCAAACAGAAAAUCUAUGAGUCUUCUUCCAAGGAGAGCCAAAAAGAGGGAGAGCAUUUCAGAGUUGAUGAAAAAAGCGAAUGAUUUUCAUGAUCAACAUAUUGAUAUUCAUGUAAAAAACUUUGUCUCCGACGCUAUAAGCGAGAGAUUACCCCAAACAGAGCAAUCGGUGAGCUCCUACCAUAAGAACAGUAAACACGAUGAUGAUGAUUGUGGUACCAUUCAGAGUCCCACACGCUCACAACCUUCAUCUCCUUUCGUCAUGAACUCAUCCAUGUUAGCGAGUGUACAGCUGAAAAAGUCUCCCUUAAUGGCAUCCAAAACGACCGCACCAAUCUCUCGUUCAUGCAAGUCACCACCUCGUGCAAAUCAUGAUGAUGCAAUGUCACCACCUCAAGUAUCAACACUGAACAGAAGCAGUGGUGAUGCCACUAAUGUCAAUAAUAUCCGUCCUACAGAGAAAUGUCAGGAAAAGGUUUCUCAACAACAAGAGCCGACUGUGGCAAAACCACCCUUAUUUAAGGGGAACAAUGUGAUGGCAGAGAAAUUUCAGAGCGAGCUCACCAAGAAUCUCACACCAUCACCAACCGAGACUCUUGCAUCACCAAAGAAUAAUCCACCAUCGCGUAGUAUUUUUGAUAUUCCACAAGAUGCUGAUACAAAUUUGAAAUCUAAUGAAAUUCAAACAACGGGUGAUAUGCCCAAGUGUGAAAAGAUGACAAAUCCAGAAUCGCCAAAGACCAUUCACAGAUUGAAAAUUCCGUCAAUAUUCUCUUCUAAUACUACUCUCGAUCAUAACAGCAGGAGCGACUCGACUCCCAAAGACUCAACCCCAAAGAAAUUUCACACACUAAAUGAUGGUGGAAUCGUAGCGCAAUCUCCGACUCUUAAAGAAAGACCUUUUGGAAACAAUAAGAAUAGUGGGGAGGCAUCUCCCUCUUCAACCCAUAAUUCACCAGUGAGCAAAGUGCCAGUGGUACCAGAGACAUCAACACAGGGUACAACUAGGGAGAAGCCAACAAGUCAACAUCUGCCACCAUUACCCCAACAAAAACAGCAUCCUUCAUCACCAGAGACUUCAACAAGUCCAAAAUCACUCAAAGACAAGAUUGCAGAACUUGAAAACAAGUCAAAACUCACUUCCAACUCGACAAGCAAUCAAGUGGACUUUAGGUCAGUCCUUAAAAAGAGAUCUAAUAACACUGUCUUGUAA